AUGGUCGACCACCCAUAAGAUUAAAAGGAUUGGAAAAGCGUGUAGAAUUUCAAAUUAAUAGACAAGAAGUAUUACAUGAAGAAUCAUGUAUUAGGCAAGGGAAAUUUUGCAGAAACUUACUUGGCAACUCGCGUUGAGGAUGAAAAUUAGAUCUUAGCAUGCAAAAUGAUUGCUAAAUAGCAAAUUAUGGAAAAAUUAAGGCGUGCCCCAGAUCCAGAAGGCAGAAAAAAAUAUAUCAUAGAUGCUCUUAAAAAUGAAGUCCAAUUGUGGAAGGAAUUGGAUCACCCAAACAUCGUCAAAUUCAUAGAUUUCUCAGAAACCCCUAACAACAUUUAUUUCUUUUUAGAAUAUUGCAAUGGAGGAGAUUUAGAUAAGUUGAUUAAAAGGCAAGGAAGAUUAUCAGAGGUAGAAACCAUUCACUACUUUAAAGAAAUUGUUGAUGGCUGCGAUUUCCUUUACAAGAAAGCAAUUAUUCAUCGUGAUUUGAAACCCGAAAAUAUCCUCAUUCACAAUGGUGCUGCAAAGAUAGCCGAUUUUGGAUUUGCUAAGGUCAUCGAUUAUGAUAACCGUGAAAAGGCAGCCACCUAGACUUAUGUAGGUACACCCUAUUACAUGGCUCCUUAGAUUAUAAAUGGUGAAGAAUAUUCUAUCAAAUGCGAUAUUUGGAGUCUUGGUGUCAUGCUCUACUAAGCUCUCUAUGGUAUGGUGCCUUUCUCUGAUAAAACAAGCUUAGAAUCCCUCGCUCAGAAAAUCAAGUAAGCUGAAAUUAAAUUCCCACCCUCUAUUCCUGUCUGCAAUGAAAUUAAAGAACUUAUUUAAAAAAUGUUAACCGCUGAUGAAGAUAAGAGAAUUUCAAUAGCAGAAGUUAAAACAAUUAUGGAUGAAUUAUACUCUAAAAAAUGUUAAAAUUGA